GCAGAGUUCAGAAGCUGUACUGCAGGGCGUAUCCGGAUUACAAAUUGCAAGUCCAGAAAGAGGAGGAGCAGACAGCAACUGCGGUAAAAGGGAAUCACACGGGCCGGGGCGCCUUGCCGUCCACAUCACCAUCCGGCAUCCAUGCUGAUUUGGUUUGGAGGAUGAGCACACCAUUCUGUUCUGCUUGCCGUCCCAUGCGCACUUGCUCAGCUUUGGUGCCCGGCUGCCCGUCGGUUUUAUCCUUAUCCGACCUUGCUGUUUUCACCACGGCUGCUGGGAUAUUGGAAAGCAUAUUGCUAGAAUAUUACUCGACCAAUUGCACACACAACAUGCCAAAGAUGCCAUUCCUAGGAACAGCCAUCCAUCCUUAAAACCUGAAGCAUCGAUGUUUACGACGGAACCUAAAGACAACCAAACGUUUUUCUUGUUUCAUUGCUGUUGCCACACAGGCACAAGGCGGAGAGAUGGAAGGAAGGGAGGAGGUGAAGAAACAUGUGGAAAUGUUACAGCUGGCUGGUGUUCAAUCUCUUCUAUCCAAUGGAGGAAAGGAAGUACCUCUGUCCUCCAUUGAAGGGAAGGUGACCUGCCUCUUCUUCUCAGCUCACUGGUGCAGGCCAUGCAGGAACUUCACCCCAAAGCUAGUCCAAAUCUACACAAUGCUCCGCAAUACUGGCAAGAAUAUCGAAAUUAUCUUCAUAUCACUUGAUCAUGACGAGACCAGCUUCUUGGAUCACUUCAAAAGCAUGCCAUGGCUCGCUCUGCCAUUCAACUCCAGCCUAAGGAGAAAGUUGUGCAGCCAUUUUGGAAUUGAGCACAUCCCCGCAUUGAUUCCUUUGUCAGUAACACCAUCUGGUGAGUUAGGAUUCGAAGAGGAUGCAGUGAAGCUGGUUGAGGAGUACGGAGCAGAAGCAUACCCCUUCAGUGUAAAGAGGCGAGGGGAGCUGGAGGCCAUAGAUGAUGCCAGGAGACAAGGAGGUAAGCUUCAGGAGCUUCUUGGCUGCAAGGACAGAGACUAUGUCGUAAGUGCAUAUGGCACAAAGGUUUCUAUAGCUGACCUUACUGGCAAGACUGUCGGCCUGUAUUUUGGGGCACACUGGUGCCCACCUUGCCGUGCCUUCACGAAACAGCUCAUGGAGGUGUACAAUGAACUGAAAAUCUUGAGACCUAGAAGCUUUGAGGUUAUCUUCAUUUCUAUAGACCGCAGUAAAGAGGAAUUCGAAGAAAGCCUAAGUGCAACACCAUGGCUUGCCAUCCCUUACUCUGACACUGCUAGGCAAGAGCUUACAAGAAUAUUCGCUAUCAAGGGCAUCCCAGCGCUCCUGAUACUUGGUUUGGAUGGUAAAGUUCUAAAAACAGAUGGCAGGACAGCAAUCUCAACUUACGGUGCAACAGCAUUCCCAUUCACAGAAUCUAGAGUUUCUGAGGUGAAUGAAGCACUCAGGAAGGAAGGAGACAAGCUGCCACGCCGAGUGAACAAUCCACGACACAGGCAUGAGCUUGAGUUGGACAUGGCUAAGGCCUAUGUCUGUGAUGAAUGCCAGCAGAAGGGGAGGUACUGGGUGUUCUCUUGUAAGCCAUGUAACUUUGACCUCCAUCCCUCCUGUGUAGGAGCAAGUAAUGCAGAGAGCAUCUAAGAUAUGUAUAUAGUUAAAAGUAUGCAGUUUUAGCAUCAAUGUAGACUGACAAAAUGCUUCUAUUGUACUCUAAAGUCUAAAGGACUCGAUGAAAGCAAUGGACAAGAGUCCUUCGCUGAAUGCAUCAACUACAUGGUCAAAGGAAAUAAGCAAUGAAUUUUAAAGAUUCGAACAGCAUUAUGUUUA